AUGUGCAAUAACAAAAUGAUAACGUUCAUUGCCCUGCUGAGUAUCUGUUCUGCGGCUCGACUGGAUAACCUAUACUUACCGUCAUCAGGAGGCAAUGGAGGCAACGGGAAUGGAGGUGGCCAGAAUGGAGGUGGUGCUAGUGAAGAGCCAGAAAUUCCAAUAAUCUCAUAUGAAAAUGUGAAUAAUGGGGAUGGAAGUUAUAAAUGGAGUUACGAAUCUGCUAAUGGUAUCCAAGCUCAAGAAGAAGGCGAAUUGAAAGAAGGUGGCGAAGAAGGUAUCCAAUCAGCUGUAGGUUCGUUCUCUUAUACCGCUCCAGAUGGCACCGAAAUCAAACUUGAGUACACUGCGGAUGAAAAUGGAUUCGUGCCUACAGGAGACCAUCUUCCUACCUCACCUCCAAUUCCCCCAGAGAUUCAGAAGGCUCUGGAUGAGAUUACAGCAGCUGGUGAAGGAAAUGGAAAUGGAAAUGGUAAUGGGGGAGGUAAUGGAGGUGGCAAUGGAGGAGGAGAUGGCGGGGGCUAUCGAUACUAGAUCGAAUAUCACUUCAUAUGUACCAGGAGCUGAGAACCCAAAAAUGUGUUAUUUAUUUUACCGAAAUAGUAGUUUUAGGUAAUGUAUCUACCUGAAUGUAUUCAAGUAUGUUAUUGUUUAGUAGUAUAGCUUAUGAAUAUACUGAUUAUCGAUAUGUAAAUGUUAGAUAAUUUAGUACCUUAUGAUGAUUGACGACUGUGCGAUGAAAUGGAUAAUGUGUAAUUUUUUUCUGAUGAACCGAUAUCAUGAUAUACAGGGUUUCAGGAUUGUAAUUUCACAUCGUGAUUAUAUUUACAUAAUAGAUAUGUUUUCAGGUGCCAUUAUCCAGACAAACAGAAUGCUGAAGAUAUCAUAGUAUAUGAGACAAUAUUGAAACGUUAUUUAUUUAGUAAAGAUACCUUCAUGAAAGGAGUCUCUGGCGAUUUCAUUAAUUUCAUUCAAUUUGGGUAUUGCAUGAAACUAGGACUGCUAUUUGGUCAACUAUUCAAAAGAAAAUGAACUCCGAAAAAUUAGUUUUAUAAACAAGUAUCUACAAUUAAAU